AUGUUACCGAAGCUUUUAAUUAAGAAUAAGCAUUUUAUGAUCGCAAGUGAAUGCAAUCCAUUGAGUUUAACAACUUUUUGCUGGAGGAGGUGUUUAUUCAACACAAGGAUAUCAACACUACCGAAGCCAUCGUGGCAGAGUCCAACUGGUGUUCAGAAGCGAUCACCGAAUGAGGCGAAAAGCGCGGAAUCCGCACAAUUGGCUGAAUAUGCACGACUGCAUUGGGAUGACAGAGUGACAUGCAAUGAUCCUUUGGUUGUUCGAUUACGUGACGGAAUUUUAUCCGGUUCACGUUCGGCAUUAGCCGCUGGCAUCACACUCGUCGAAUCAACACACCCGACAAAACGGGCACAAGGAAGUUACCUACUGGCUGCUGUUCUGGAGGCUCAAAAGAAACGCUUCGAGGAAAAAGGACCAGCGUCGUUGAUCUUUCGUAUAGGUGUGUCAGGCAGUCCUGGAGUGGGAAAAUCGUCGUUCAUUGAAGCGCUCGGUACUCAACUUACUCAGAACCAGAACAAAAAGAUUGCUGUUCUCACUGUUGAUCCAUCUUCAGCAACUACCGGAGGUAAGUGCGCAUCAGAAUGA